AUGGAUAUUCCUUCUAACGAAGAUAUAGUGGGGGUCUUAAAUGAUGCUACCAACACACAGAAUAUGUCACUGGACUGUGAUUUUAUCAAAGUUGAUUUUGGUGAUCAACUUGGAACUACAAUUCCUAGUGAUAAACUGAAAUCCAAUCGAUUGGCGAAACACGAUUUCAUGAAUCCUCAAGAACGUCUCGGAUCGAAUACCAGGUGUGCUGUGGAUGAACAAUUUGUCCCAAAGGUGGGGAUGAUUUUCAAGAGACUAGAAGAAGCCGGAAAGUUCUACAAAUAUUAUUCCAAACUUGCCAGUUUUUCUACCAAAAUAAGGAACACGACUCGGGACGGAGACAAGAUCAAGAAUCAACUAAUCGUAUGCAGCAGAGAGGGGAGGUGGAAAUCCAAGAUAUCUCCUACUUUGAAGACAAACCCCUCAGCCGGCAUAAACUGUCCAGCCAGGAUCUACGUACACAUAUUGAAGGAUGUCGGUCUCUGGACAAUUUCCAAAGUUGUUCUGAAUCACUCACACCCCUGCUGUCCAGACCGUGCAGAGAUGCUCAAACAACAUAGGGAGCUAAGCAUGUUUGUGUGUCGAACCAUCGAAACCAACGAGGAAGCCAAAAUCAGACCAAGCAAAACUUACCAAUCGUUCAUAGCAGUAGCUGGUAGUCACUGGGAACUCAGUUUUAUAGAAAAAGAUGUGAGAAAUUACAUCACAAGGGAAGUACGGAAUGUUUCUGAACAAGACGAUGCCAAAGAAUUCAGGAAGUACCUACUAAGAAUGAAAGAGAAUAACCAAAAUUUAUUUUUCGAGCUCAACCUCGAAGGCGAUCACUCCAUCAAACAUGCAUUCUGGGCCGACACAAGAAGCAGGGCUGCUUGCGAGUAUUUCGGAGAUGUGGUUUCAUUCAACACCACCUACAACACAAACAGGUACUCGGUUCACCCAAAUUCAGUCUUUACGUUCACCAAAUCCAAACAUUUCGGUUCAUCACAUUAUAUGAAGAUCCCAAACAAACUAAAUGGCUACAAGCGACACGAAGAAAUCGAACAAGAGAUGAGCCACGUUAUUUGGAACUCAUUCAUAAAAGACGCAUUCGACAAAACUGGAACGAUUUUCUCACAAAGUACAGCCUCGGAUGCAACAAGUGGCUCUCAGUUGAAUCUUUUAGACGAUGGACCAACGAUUCAGCCAAGUUCGAGCUUUCACAAUGCACUGGAUAUGUAUUAUCCCGGAGAGGAUUAUACGAGUUUCAGUUUUUAUUAA